ACGCUACUCCCCCCCCCCCCGAACAGGCGCCCUGACCGACCAGAGGAGGCGCUAUUGCAUACCCACAUCCGGCUUCCCGCCCGCAGACAGCCAAUUGUGUCUGUUGGGAUGCCCGACCAAGCUGGAGGUAACGCAGGUUUGAACCGGCAAUCGCUACGCUACCCAGGCGCCCCCUUUUUUUUACUCUUUCUGAAGCGUGAGCAUGGGCCAUUUAGGUCAAGGAGAUGAGUAAAAUGUUUGUGUUGGGCUUUGACAGACGGGACUUCCUGUUGGUUCUGUUGUUUCUUCGAUGUCCUCUGUCUCCUUGUCAUUUUUCCACUGUUAUGUACUCAGUUGUCUCCCUUAUCCCCUCUUUUCACGGCGCUCGCUCUCAUCUCAUCAUCGUAUAACGUAAAGUCUAGGCAGGAGAUUGACUUUUAUAACUGACUUUUAAUGUCAUUAUAACCAGCUCCUUUAUAUGAUGAGACGGAGAGUGUCCUUUGCAGAAAAAUAACUCUUUCGUCUCCAUCUUUUUGUUUUUUGUAAGGCAAGUGACUACACAGUAUACUACAUGUAUUUCUGCAUGCUGUUUGCUUAUGGGAGGUCGCUCUCUGCUACCAGUUUGUGUAGGAAAAUGCAAUGUAGCAGUGUGAUGUGUGAAUGAAUGGACCAACUUGUCUUGUAAGGCCACCUAGGCUAGGCAGCUGCGAAUAAAAUCAUCCAUCAGUCAAGCUUUACUCUCUUCUACAGACUUCUACAGCCAAUAUUGUGGAUUUGGAGAUCUUCAUUUGCAGUCAGAUACAGUGACACCGCUCUAAACUGCAGCCUCGUUGUGGGGUUUUUCGUCUUUUUCAGACACUGCCGGCACAGGGGGUGGUCUCAGCCUCUCGCUAUCCCAUUGUGUCAGAUAGGAAAGGAGUCAUUAGUCAGCUUGGUGUGACCAAAGUUGUUUUGUUUUUCUUUUUACAGUCUUUUUAUGCCUUAUGUCCAUUGUGGGAGCGUGACAGUGAGGUAUGGGUCAAACGCGGGGCAUAAGUUUUGUCGCCUUCUUGCCAGGGAGGUUCUCCAUAGACACUCGCCCUCUGUCGAGCAGCUGGAGGGGUAAACGUCAUGAUAACACAGCAGAUGGGAGCAGGGCAGGGCUGCGGCGAGACAGCACUGCAGGCAAACCAGCCCGUCAGGUUUCACACGCUGUCACAUCCCUCGAUGACAGACACACAAGACUCCUCCACAACAGUGGGGCCUCGAGUUGCAGAGCCAACACAAUGGUGACCCACAUAGGUUCCCCUGCGACGUGACUGUGGGACAGGCGGUCUCCCUCCCAAGCCUGCGCCCUUGCCCGGUCCCUUCCUGGGAGGGAGUAACUAUCAUCGGCCCGGACACGCUCCACCACUCCACUGUGUGAAUGACUCUAUGCCGUAAAGCCACCGUGCUCUGCCACCCCGUCGCCAUGAAGAGCAAGUAUUCCCAGUACUACAACCGGACCUUGAUCCAGUCCUACUAUGCCUUUGCCAAGAACAUGACCAACCAGGAGUUGGAGGAGCGCACGAUGGGGAAGAAAGGGCUCACCACGCUCAACGUUGUCAUCGUGAUCCUCUGCAGCAUCAUCAUCCUGGAGAAUCUGUUGGUUCUCAUCGCCGUUUUCCGCAACAAGAAGUUCCACUCUGCCAUGUUUUUCUUCAUUGGCAACCUGGCCUUCUCUGACCUGCUAGCAGGCUCCGCCUACAUAGCCAACAUCUUUUUAUCAGGGCCAAGGACCUUUGAGCUAGUGCCGGUGCAGUGGUUCAUUCGGGAGGGCACGACUUUCAUCGCUCUGACGGCGUCAGUCUUCAGCUUGCUGGCCAUCGCCAUAGAACGCUACAUCGCUAUCACCAAAGUCAAGGUGUACGGCUCAAACAAGACCUGCCGCAUGUUCCUCCUCAUAGGAACCUGCUGGGUCACCUCCAUCCUGCUGGGGGGCCUUCCCAUCAUCGGUUGGAACUGCAUCAAUGACCUCCCCGAAUGUUCUGCGGUGUUGCCCCUCUACUCCAAGAAGUACAUCCUUUUUGUUGUCACCAUUUUUAGCAUCAUACUGCUAUCCAUCGUCAUCCUCUACGUAAGGAUCUAUCUGAUUGUGCGUUCCAGCCACCAGGAAGCAACCAACUCCCCCGCCUACGCCCUUCUGAAAACUGUUACCAUAGUGCUGGGCGUCUUCAUCGUGUGCUGGGUGCCAGCCUUUACCAUUCUCCUCCUGGACUCAUCCUGUAAGAUACAAUCCUGCCCCAUCCUUUCCAAGGCCGAAGUCUUUUUUGGCUUUGCGACUCUGAACUCAGCUCUGAAUCCCCUGAUCUACACGCUGCGCAGCAAAGACAUGAGGAAGGAGUUCCUGCGCGUACUGUGCUGCUGGGGCCUGUUGCAGAGCGGACGCUCCGCUGACCGCUGUCUGGUCCCCCUGAAAAGCUCCAGCUCUCUGGAGCACUGCACCAACAAACAUGAACAUCAGACCACCCCCAUAAUGCAGGAUUGUACCACUUGCGUCUGAUUUCGCACCGACGUUGUUUGUGUCUAUGUUCAGUAUGAGACAGAAAGAGAGACCGAGAGACCGGUAGAGAGAGAAAACAUCCUUAAGAGGGAGAGAGAAAGCAAAAAGUGUGCAUGUUUAUAUUAGACCAAGAAGUAAGACUGUGAGCAGGCGAAGAGACUUGAGAGAAAACGGCUAGGAACCGGAGACCCACACAUGGCUGAGACACAGCUGUCUUUUGAGACACAUUCUACUAAGCAAGACUUUAUCUCAUCACAAAUCAAAAUAGCGUGUGUUUAUGUUAUCAGCUUUCAUUGGCUUAAAAUCAUGCAAAGGUGUAAAAACACAAGAGGAAAUGUUCUAUGAACUCGCUGUCUGACGUGAGACCUUGCAGAAAUGUGAAAAAAAUGGCUUUUUCAUGGGUACUCUGACCAGUUACAGAAAAUGUCUUAAUAUGCAGCUGUAAACCUUUUUAAUUUACAUGACUUUCCUCUUCUUUUUUUUUAAAAAUGUGCGUGUAUUAAAAGCCAAAUAUACAAACGGAUCAAAUAAUAUGCAAAAACUUUAAGGCCUGUGCCAGUGCAAAGCUUGCAAAGAUGCACUUUGUAGAUUUGUAGGCAGUGUUGCGAUUGUUUUUCAUAGGCUAUUAGCUUAUGAAAGGCUUAAACAUAUAAGUCUCCGUUGUUCAUAUAUAACGCCUGCACACUCAUUGCUCAUACAUAACAGAGCCAGGAGUUAGUGAUGAGGUUAACAUGGGACAAACCAAAUUACAAUAAAUCAGUGCCCACCCCCACACACUCCUAAACCAGGACUUCGUAUUACCUAUGUAACCUUGCAUAGAGCCCUUUGAUUAACUGCAACCAACUUACGUACUCUACUCACAUAUAAUGCAUGCAUUUCUAACUUGCUUGUAAGUGCUAACGUGUAUGGUAUGCUUCAGCUCCAGCAUCAUAAUUAACACCCCGCCCCCACGUUUCUUCUCGUAAUCUGUCCCUCUUGUUUUUACUGUCGUCUUUUAUAUCUUAACAGUUUCCUGAGAGGAAGGCCCAAUCAGAAGGCACAUUUCCUGAAGUGAGUUGGCACUGAUAAAUUUGACUCAAUGACAGGUGUCGAGUAGCACGUUCUUAUGGGAUUUUUUUUUGUUGUCUUGACAGUGUUAUAGCAACACAGCAACAGUGUGCUCUCUCUGUUUAUGCCUUCCUCUUAGGGGAAAAUGAGGCUGAAUGUAAGUAUGAAGUGUUUGGGGCAAAUGCCCCAACUUUUGACAGUAUUAUUGACUAGUUUUGUACAUUUACUUGUCUUUAAUGGGCAGAGAGUGGGAUGAACAGGGUAGGUCACUCUCACUGUGAAGUCUUCAACAGCGCCACGAAUUAGAAAACUAUUGUGAACACCCUGGUUUAAUUUGCUAGACAUAUGCCUUGUGCAAGUAGGAAGGCACGAGAUCUGUUCAGAGUAAACGCAUCUCGUCUUUCCAAAAUCUCCUCACUUCCCCUGCAAAGAGGGACCAGAUCUAAUUUCAAAGGAGUAGAGGCGAUCUGCGUACCCUCAUGGGAGGUCAGCUUCAUCCUCUUUCUCUGAAGACCCAUAACACGCAACUUCCUUCAGCCGUAGGAAGUCCUGUUUUUCAUAGUCCGGUUCCUGUUGUUCAGGGUUGGCUUAACCUUCUUCCUGUAGACACACAGACAUGCACAUGCGUACACCCAAAUACACACAUGCACACUCUUAGCCAAACUUCUCCACAUGCAUAACCGCCCUCCUUUUUGUCACCAUUUCUGUUAAGGAUUUGUAAUUUAGACAGCCAAGUUGAAGCGGUGAAAAGCACUUUGGCAGCUUUAAGGGUAUCUGUUUCCCCCCAGGAUUUUCAGAUGGAGACGUGUCUGUACCUAUCACUUCGUUGUGUUGCCUCUAUAUGACUUUUUUUUAUAA